AUGGGCCACGGCCCGCUAUGCUGCUGUUGUUUUUCAAACAAUGUACGGCAUCUAGUGCUAUUACUUGCAUCGUUAUGCAUAUCCGUACUGUUUGCGAAUCUUAUCCUUUUUAACUUCACCGCUGUUCUGGACGCCGACUUGCCAUCGGAACUAAAGCCGGUCCCCUCACUCGAUAGCUUGCACGAAUAUACAAUAUGGCAUGAUCGCUUCAAAAGGUCAUCUAACGCUACAGACACGGAAAUGUUACCAUCCUUGAAGCUUCCAAAUGAACAUGAGGAUGAACAUCCAAUCUUGACGAAAACAACUCCAACGCCUACCACUUUUCCUGCCACAACUGUUCUGACAACCAAGAAAACUGAAAAGCCGAGGCUGGUGUUCCUCACAAAUUCGCCAACCCCUCAGAACACAACAACAUCCGCUGCAACUGUUACGUCGGUGCACUUGGAGCCUCCCACUCCUCCGGAUCCCAGGGAUGUUGUCAGAAACGAAGUGCAACGAGCUAUCGACAAAAUUGAAGGCCGGGUGAAACCUUCCCCAGUGGAGCCGGAAAAGAACGACAAAGAGCUUUGGGAGCCGCAACUGUCUCUGGAGAACGAGCUGAAGCGGUUCUUAUUGUACGCAGCUCCAGGAUUAGGCUGUUUGCUCGGCUUGGUGCCAGCGAUUCUCCUCACCAAGAUGUGCGGAGCGCGGGUCACGCUAUCCGUCACUCUCGCUGUAUCCGGUAUAUUAACUGCAGUUGUUCCAGUUUUGUCUCCAUUCGGAUUCUCGGCACUGUUCCCCUUAAGACUCUUUAUGGGGCUCUGUUUUGCGCCGUGUCUGCCUGUUAUAGGUGCAGUUUGUGCAAAUUGGGGAUGUCUGGACGAGCAGUUGUUGUUUAUAGCGGUCGCGUUCGGUUUCGUUCAGAUUGCUCCUCUGCUGUCUUGGCCUAUCACAAUGUUAGUGUUCUCCAACGAAGUCCCACUUGUUGCGAUUUUUGCGGUCCACGCUAGCGUCACUCUUCUGUUGUCUAUACUGUUCGCAAUGUUCCACCGUGACCGGCCUCAGCAUCAUCCUUGGGUUAAUGGGCUGGAAUUGAAUAAAAUAGUGGCUGGAAAAGUGCAGGAACUGAAAACAAAUCGGGCCCAAUACGGCGCGUGUCCUACUCUGUUGCGAUCCAUUGCCGCAUGGUCAUUGUGGAUUGCUGCUUUUGGUUUGUUCUUCGGUAUCGCUGUGAUCACCAUCUACAUGCCGUCGAUCCUUUCCUGCCAAGAGAUCUUUCUAGUCGAUUACCUUGGUGUUUACUCGACGCUGCCCUUUUUACUAGUGCCGUUAGUUAUGCUCAUAGCGGGUCUCAUCAACCGAUGGUCGUGUUGUUCAUCAACUGCUCAUGUGCGGGUCUGGAACACUGUGGGAGCAGUCCUCACUGUCGUUUUCUUUAUCCUUCUUCCUAUCAUUUUCCAUUUGCAGAAGUCUGCGGUAUCGAUUCAUUUCUUGCCUUUCUUGUUGGCUCCACUAGGACUAGCGGUUAGUGGAUUUCUACGAAGUCUUUGCCUUGUUGGAAGAGCAUAUACUCAACACAUCAUCGCUUACGUUGGAGCAAGUGUGGGCGUCGCAUACGUUGUCGCCCCGCUUGUCGUGUUCUCAUAUGUUGCUUCCAACUCAUUGGCGGAGUGGACGAAGGUGUUUUUGACUGCGGCAGCGAUUAUUGCCAUCUCUUCCAUAGUGUUUGCCAUUUUCGGAAGAGGACGAGCAUCCAAUUGGGCUGCUUCGACGUGGGAUCCGCUCAUCUCGACGAAGAUGAGAAAUCUGCAGCCGAUCGACUUUAGUCAGGAUGAAUGUGGCUUGUAUGAGCUACGUCUGAUUGAUCCGAACAAGAAGUAG